AUGACUUCCCCAUCAAAGCUCAAACACGCCUACACCGUCUCCGAGGAGGAAGAGGACGAAGACACCAUCUCAACGCCCUCCAAGACUGUCUUUGAACCAUCUCGUACCAGCCGAGCACAAACAGAGCCACCACCGUCUCCCACCGCCCGCCGCUUACCAACAGCAACUACCACCACAUCCCCGGCCAAAUACAACACUGACUCACUGUCCAUCUCAAAGGGCCCCAUCAACCGAGAACCUCGCCGUCUCGUGUCUACUGGUCUCUCCCAGCACGAUUCCUUAUCUAAACUUCCACCUCAACUCCUUCAUAACCUGCGAGAAUCCUUCUCCGUCCUCGAUAGCAAUAGCAACGGCUCCAUUGACGCCGCAUCCGUCUCUGAAACCCUCCAAUCUCUAGGUCUACAUGAAUCCAACCUCUCCCAGUUCUUCCCCCAAGGCCAACCGGCCCAGCUUGGCCUUCCUCAGUACCUGACUCAACUUGCCAACCUCCUCGUCGGCCUAUCUCCGCAGCAAGAACUCCUCAAUGCAUUCUCGGCCUUCGACGAUGAUGACAGCGGCCAGAUCGAUGUAGGUGAGCUGCGCUCUGCACUUCUGAACACGGCUCCAGAUCCAGGCGAGCGCGCCUUGACGCAGAAGGAAAUCGACAGGGCCAUGGAAGGCUUCACUGGUCGGAGGAUUUUAGCCAAGAACGUUAUCGGCAUCGCAGGUGUAAGAGGCUUAAACACACCUGCUCCCAAGAAAGGUGGCGAUGUUUUCCGCUACCAGGAAUUCGUGGCGAACCUUACUGGGGGCCCGGCGACCGCUGAGCAUUCUCAAGGCCAGCCAGUGCAGGCCAGGUAA